ACCCUCCUUGCCAUUGGUUGUUGUUUGUAGCCUUCAAAACGGACGGCGCAACCGAGGAGAACAACAAACCCUCUUAUGUCUCCGUGUUUCCCUCUAUCUAUACAUUACACACUCAUAUAACUCAGCCCGCCAUCACUCACCAGCACUCACCAUGGAUGCAGAAGUGGAUCAGGACCAAGGGUUAAAUUCUGCUCUCAGUCAGCAUCAGUACGGGCACCACUUUCAAUCCACAUCAUCUCAGGUUGAGGAGGAAAGAAGAACGGGGUCCCCUUCUCACCGGAUCUCAGACAGAAGCCUGAUGGCUCCUCUGAUCGCAGAGUAUGAUCGGCACAUGGAUGAGAUGAAUGAACAGUUACAGAGAUAUCAGGCGCUGAUGACGGAUGUCAAGGUGAAGUUGGAGAGGGUUGUCAAAGAGAACGAAAGGCUGCAUGCCGAGCUAAGGGAGUCUGUAGAGAAGCAGCUGCAUGCCCUGCCUGUGGCUCCAGGAACGGAGGGCAGCACACUGGAGGAGGAGGCAUUCAUCAGGAACCUCCAAGAACAGGUCCAGCUGUCGGAGCAGGAGCGGGUGCAGGCCAUGGAGCUGUGGCAGACUGCAGCCCAGGAGCUGGACCACCUCCAGCAGGUCUACCAGAAAUCCAACUCGGAAGGCCAGGUCCACGAUGCCCACAGACGGCAGCUCAAGGAUCAGCUUGUUCAGUUCCAGCAGCACUCACACCAACUCCAAGUCAACAAUCAGAAGCUGGAAUCGACUAACCAGCAGUUGCUGAAGACGGUGACAGAGCAGAGCACGGAGAUGGAGGAGCAACACAGUCAGCUCAGACAAGCCAAAGCAGAACUGAAGAUGGCCACAGCCAAAGUGGAUGAGAUGACCAAAUUGCUGCAGAAUGUCCAGAGCCAGAUGCAGAGACGGGAGGAGGAUGUGGCAGAGGCUCAGGGCCGGGAGGAAGCGGCCGACAGACGGCUCCAUCAGCUCCAGGCAGCCUUGAGCCAGCUAGAGGCCAGGCUAAAGGCAUCAUCUCAGGAGGCAGAGUCCUUUCGCAGAGAGCAAACUGUGUGGGAGAGGAAGUUGGGAGAACUACAGGGACGUUGCAGCACCAUAGAAGAGGAGAAGUAUGAGGCCCUGGCCAAAGUUCGAGAGAGUGUUCAGGUGGCGGAGGAGGCUGCGCUGCAGAAGGACCAGGCCUUGUUAAGAGAGAAACAGAGGGUGGAGGAGCUAGAGAAGACGAAGGAGGCCAUCAAACAGUUGAUCCAGGACGCUGCGGUCCGCACCAGGAAAGAGGUAGAAAAUGUGCGCAAGCAGUGCAACGCUCAAAUCCACCGUAUGGCCGAGGAGCUGUCUGCACUGCAGCUGGAGUGUGCAGAUAAAGAGUCUCAGAUUGAAAGAUCCCUGCGAGAGAGAAAAGCUGCAGAGGAGGAACUGGAGAAGGUGUAUAAGGAGGGCAGGGGCGAGCCAGAAUACAGGAAGAUUGAGGCUCUUCAUCACAGGUGUCUGAAUGCAGAGAGGAUGAAGGAAGACAUGAGCUUGACUCUACAAAGCACCAAGAACAAAUUAAAAACGAUGGAGAUGGACUACAGCGAGGAGCUGUCCCGGUGCCAAGAGGAGGUGAGGCGGCUGCAGGGCUCUCUGGCUACAGCCCGGGACGACAGCGUUAAUGUCAGUGAGGAGCGGCUCCAACUGCAACAGGAGAACUUGAAGCUCCGGAGGGAGAUGGAUGAGCUCCGCAAAGCCACCCUGCUGCUCCAAAAGAAGGCCAAACAACAGGUGUCACAGGUGGAGCACGAGUACAGCCUGAAGGAACAGGGGCUGGACGCUCGGGUGAGGGAGCUGGAGGAGAGCAGCCGCAGCUCCACCAUUGAUCUGACACGCCUCCUCACGGCACAGCAGAAGAGCACUCAGCGCUGGAAGGAAGAGGCCAAGAACCUAGUCCAGGCCUUCGAGACUAAAAUCACAGGCCUCAAAGGAGAGCUGAAUCGGCAGAAGCAGCGUUCACACGAUCUUGAGAUGCAGCUGGAAACCGAUCACAACACCAUUACUGAGUACGAGAGGCAGCUCGCAGAGUAUCAAGAGAAGUCGAGUCGUCUCCAGAGACGACUGACACACGCGGAACAAAGGGCAACUACUGCAGCACAGCAGCUGAGUAUGCUGGCAUUGCAACGAAGGAAAUUGGCCGCGGUGGAUCCAGAGACUUUGUAAUGUUUACUUGUCACUGUUUAGUGAUAUGAUAUUAAUGUACUGGCCAAAGGCAUAAAACAGACAUGCUGUUAUUAUUGCCCUGGUGGUUAUAUGACUACAAAAUGUCUUAAUUUUAUUAAGCAAUGUGUUUCCAAUGUUUUUUUAUCAAGCAUUAUUUAAAUGUAUAUGUCGGAUAAGUAGUAUACAGGUGCAUCUAAUAAAAAUUGAAUAUCGUGGAAAAGUUUCAAUAUUUUUGAUUACCUAUUUAUACAGUUUACAGUAAAUAUUGUAUCUCUUGGUCUGGAUCAGUACACAUAACCAUAGUCAUGAGGGAAACUGCUGAUUAUCGACAGCCUCCACAAAGAGGGUGAUCCACAGCUGACUAAAAGGGCAGGCUGUUGGCAGAGUCCUGUAUUGAUGCAUAUUCAUGGAGGUGACUGGAAGGGAUAUGUAUGGCAGGAAAGGGUGCACAACCAACAGGGAUGACUGCAGCCUUGAGUAGUUUGUUAAUCAAAGACGAGUGGGAGAGCUCCUCAAGGAGUUGUCUGAGGCUGGAGUCAGAGCAUCUAGAGCCACCAGGCACAGGAAGUCGUCCAAAGUCCUCUUUUCAGAUGAAUAAAAUGUUUGCAUUUCAUUUCGAAAUUAAGGUUCAAGGGACUGAAGGAGAAGUGGGGAGGCACAGAAUCCCAGCUGCUUUAGGUCCAGUGUAUAGUUCUGCAGUCUGUGAGGAUUUGGGGUGCCAUGUCACCUGCUGCUGUUGGUACACCGUGUUUUAAUAAGUCCAAAGUCAACGCCUGUCUACCAGAAGCUUUUAGAGCACUUCAUGCUUCCUCCUGUUUACAAGUUUAAUGAUCGACCCCCUGCAUUGAUUCAGUAAUUUUUAGUCACAAAAUACCUGGGGGGUUUUUGUGAUACCAAAAAACCCCCAGGAAUAAAAAAAAAAUAAAAAUAAUUUCUUUACUCGAUACAGGAGUUUUGCCUUUCAUGAGCUGUGAGCCGUAAUCAUAGAAAUUAAAACAUAAAAUACUUAUUUAUUUAAGAUGUAUUUAUUUAAUUUACGUCAAAUGAAACGAAUAUAUGGAAGGUUCACUUUUUAGUUAAAUUACUAAAAAUACAACUUUUCCACAAUAAUGAAUUGUUGUAAAUGCACCAAUAUAAUGUGAUAUUUUGUAUAAUUGCGCAAUAAAUACCUGAAAUGUGAA